AUCACACACUCAUUGUCUAUCUUGCUGCAACCUCACCUUCUGACAAAACCAAACCCUAUCACUCCACCGUAACGUUUAGAAAACUUAAAAAAAAAAAAAUAAUAAGAUACUCAUUACUCACCGCUCAGAGAUGACAGACAACUCCAAACCUCCAACAAUGGCGGCCGUCCCUAUUCUUCUUCUACUAAGCCUGCUGCUCCAUUGCGCUACUCGGGCUUCCGCCCUUUCUUCUUCCCCAGUGGGUGUAAACUAUGGCUUGGUCGCUGACAACCUCCCUUCUCCGACUUCCGUCGGCCCCUUGCUCGCCUCCAUCAAUGUCGGUCGCGUCAAGCUCUACGACACAGACAGUGCCGUCCUCUCCGCACUCUCCACCACCGGCUUUGAGCUCAUCGUCGGCCUGCCGGACCGCUGCGUCGUCAAGCUCGCGGACCCUUCGGCUGCCCUCGUAUGGGUCAAAGCCAACCUUCAGCCCCACCUCCCCGCUGCCAAGAUCGCCGCCGUGACCGUCGGAAACGAGGUUCUCACUGGUAAUGACACCGCUGUCAUGGCCGCCCUUGUUCCGGCUAUGCGAUCUCUCCGCUCGGCGCUAGACUCUCUAGGUCUCCGCUCCGUCGCCGUCACGACGCCUCACUCGCUUGCCAUUCUCGCGAACUCCUUUCCGCCGUCGGCCGGGCGUUUCCGGCAGGAGCUCAUCCCGUACCUUUGCCCCUUGUUGGACUUCCUCGCUGAAACGGGAUCCCCAUUCUUCAUCAACGCGUACCCGUACUUCGCCUACAAGGCGGAGCCGGACAAUGUCACGCUGAAUUACGCCCUCUUCGAGCCGAAUCCCGGGGUUCUCGACCCCGGAUCGGGCCUAAAGUACGAGAACAUGCUCGACGCCCAAGUGGACGCCGUCUACGCCGCGAUCUCAGCGGCGACAGGGGGCAAAGGGAAAGGGUUGGAAGUUAGGGUUUCAGAGACUGGGUGGCCCUCAGAUGGGGACGAGAAUGAGGUCGGAGCUACGGCGGCAAACGCGGCCAAGUACAACGGGAACCUGAUGAAGAUGGUGGCGGAGGGGAAGGGAACGCCGGCGAGGCCCUCGCAGGUGCUCCGAGUGUACGUCUUCGCUUUAUUCAACGAGAAUCUGAAGCCAGGGCCCAAGUCCGAAAGGAAUUACGGGCUUUUCAAGCCCGAUGGCACGCCGGCGUACGACCUCGGGAUCAAGCCGGAGACGGAGAGCCCGACGACUAGUGGCGGCGGAAGCAGCGGUGGCAGAGGUGGAGGAUCGUCGGAUGAGGGAGAUGGAUCGUCGUCCUCGGGUUAUUACAGCAUCUCCGCCGCCGCCGCCGUAACGCGUGGGAGGGAGUGGCUGCGGGGGAUGGCGAUGAUGGUGGGUUUGGUGGUGUUAGUGAGCUAGGUCAUUGGUUUUUCUUU